GUAGUAUCUGCUAAACCUACGAAUUCCAAUGCGCCGUCAUACGCUAGUGGUCUACCUCCGCGGCUGUACCACGUAUUUUGGAACGUCUUCGUAGAAGUCGCGUUGAAAAUGCGCCUUUUCAGCUUAAGAUACAUUAUACCUGCAAUCAACUUUACGUGAAGUGUCGCAGAAACUUGGGACCAACGCAAUUUUCGAAGAAGACACUCAUGAGGACGCGAACAAAUUCCCGACCAAACCACCAAGAAGGUUCCAGAACCACGCGCGUCAUGGAUCACCUCAGAGACUCUCUCGUUUCUCAACUCAAGAAACUCGACCCUUCGCUUUCCCUCCACACGCGCCACUACGCCCUCAUCGAACGCCGCCUCCGCGACCUUUUUCCCGCGUUCCACACCCCCACGCACCCUCCAUAUGCAUUGAUGAUACGUAGUGCGAUAUUAGGGUUGGAGGAUGAGACGGGGUCGACGGAGGAAGCGAUAUCGGAGUACAUUAAGAGGGAGUACAGUGAUUUACCGUGGGCUCAUGCAAGGAUUCUAGGUCUGCAAUUGGAGAAUCUUUGUGAGAUAGGGGAGAUUGCGCGCGUUUCCGGUUGGAGGUAUGUGCUGAAGGUUGAGGAUGAAGUGAAGGAACAAUGUGAGGGUAGCGAGAAGAAGAAUAAGAGGGGCAAACGGAGAAGUAAUAAACGUGGCGAGACAGGGAGUGCUGAAGAAGAAUGCAAAAAGGGACGGGUACUAGGGCUUGGAAAACAAAGUCAACAACACCAGGAAGUAGAACUGCAAAGGGGUUUAGUAGAGUCACAAAAUCAGGAUUCCAGUUUGCAUUUGGAAACAACUUGUUCCUCCCAGCCAACAUCAUUGGAGUGCAUACCAGCAGCUGCAAACCCGUUAUCACCUGCACAAUUGCAACAGCAAAGGCCUUGUAAUGGGACUUCAGAAAGUAAUCUGGAUACAGUAGACAAGAUUUCGGGUUCAUUAUCUUUGAAUGUUGAUGUAUGCAAGCAAGAUACGACACUUAUGACUGUGCAUCAUCAUCAAUCCAGAGAGAGGGAGCCUAGUGGGUUUAAGCAAAUUGCAGAUCACGAGGGGAAGUCGUUGUUGCCCUCAUGUGAUACUACUGUUGCCGAGCAAGGGACAAAUGAGGAGAAAACUGAUGAAAGGUGCCCGUCACAACCACAAGGUCAAGGUACAACUAGAGGAAGGGGUCGUAGGCUAAACAGAAAUGCCAAUUGCUGCAAUCAGAGGAUACACCUACAUGAUCAAGCUGAACAUCUGAUGUGUUCUUCACAUUCAAACCAAAAAGAAUCUAGAGAAGCACCUAAUUUUCCUGUUAAUCCAUCGGACAAUUUUGGUCAGCAAUAUUCGGUUCCUACUUCAGAAGGCCCUAUGUCCUGGGAUUAUGGGCAGAGGGCUCCAAAACGUCCUAGAGGAAGGCCUCGAAAGUUACAGCCUGUAGCAAAUUGUGCCGUAGUGACAUUGUUGCCUUCAGAUGAUGGGAAUCUUCACGAACAUAAGCCAAAUGCAAACGAAAUGGAGAAGCAGGAUCAGUAUGGCGGGGGUAGAGGUUUAGGGAGAUUUGGUCGGGGUAGAGGUAGGGGCAGACCUCGUACACUAAAUAGAAAAGCUAAUCAAUGUGACGAGCAAUUAGAACAAGGACAAUCUAAGCAGCUUGGUCGAGGUAGAGGCAGAGGUCGUCGUGGCAGGCCACCAAAACUGAAUGAAAAUCCAAUCCAAUAUGAGAAGCAACGAGAAGAAGAUCAACAUCAGAAGCACGGUCGAGGAAGGGGGAGGCCCCCUAAACUGAUUCGGAACAUAAUCAAUUAUGAGGCACAAUUAUCAGAAGUUCAAUCUAAAGAACAGGAUGUUCGAGCUAGAGGUCGUGGAAGGCCUCCUAAACCAAAUCAACAUACAAAUCAAUUUGAGGACCAAUUGCAAUCUCCUAGUUCAGGGAGAAAUGAUAACCAAAGUUUGGAGCAGAAGCAGUUCAAUGUACGAAGUCCGGUAAGGUGUCAUGAAUCAGAGUCAGGAGAGGCAAAGUCACCUGCAAAAUUAAGGCAGGAAUUGGAAUCAAAAUAUGGGUCGGGUGAGGUUUCCGGGUCAAACGUUGAAGAAAAUGAUAACCCAUGGCGGUUAAUGCCAGUACAACGUAAAGUUCAAGGUAUCGAUGGAUGCUGGCCACUUAGACAAUAUCAGAAAUAGAAUCGAGUUAUCAGUACUUGGAAUACAAGCAUGACAAUAUCAGGACAGGGUCUCAUAAUUCACUUUGCAGGUUUUAUGGAAGCAUGAAAAACCCGGUUAAUUUAAAACCACUCAUGAUAACCUUCUGGGUCUGUCGGGAAAAGUUGCUCUAGCUGAUCCUUUUUCUCAGUAGGUAUAUUUUGUUAAAUGCAAGUCUGAUAGAUUCUUGUAGCUCUUCGUGUCUUUUCUCUUGGUAUUGAUGGUGAAAGUAAUUCAAACAUUCUGUCUCCAUUAUAUGUCAAACAUUCUUGGCUUUCGGAUGAACCAACCAUCAUUGAAAUUCGGAGCUCUAUCUCCCUAUUUUUCGAUGAGGAACAAUAAAGCUGCUGAGGAUUGCUAUUGACCAAAAACUUUAGGUACUUGUGAUCGAUGUGUUUUGAUGGGCAGGCACAAGAUGGUGUGUUUGUGUGUGUUGAAAGCAUGCUAACUUUGGAAUUUCGUUGUUUUGUAUAUGAAAUAAAUGAAUUUUGCCAUAUACCUAUAUACUUCCCC